ACUCUCUGGUGCAGCAGUAUGGAGGAGUGUGUCCUGCUGAAGGAGAGGCUACAGGCCAUCACUGAGAAGCAUUACAUUCAGGAAGAAAUGAGACAGAAGAAACUGGAACUGGACCAAGAGAAACUCAAACUUCAGCAUCUAAAGAAAAAGGCUUUGAGAGAGCAGUGGUUGCUACAGGAGUCCACUUCCCACAAUGCAACAGAUUAUUCACAGCAACAGAGCCUUCAGCUCAACAUCCACAGGAUAGAAAUGGAGGUGAAGUCUCUGGAGAGAGAGGAAUCUAAGGUUUCUACCAAAGAGAGUUUCAUCCUCAACAGACUGAAGACUGUGGAGAAAAGUGCAGGGGACAUUAUCAAGGAGGCCCAGGACAGCUUUGUUCAUGAGCCUUUACAGGUCACCACAGUGACCCAUGAUGUCCUACAAUCCUACAGUACACCAUCCAACAACCACUCUGAAACAAGCAAGCCAAGACAGACUCUGUUUGCCAUGGAGAUCAGUGUGACCAAAGACCUGAAGACCGGGAAGAGCACGGUGCUCUCUACUGCUGCCGUUCCUGCUGAGGAGCUAAGCCAGCAGGCCGGGCUCAAGGUUUAUGACGACGGCAGGAAGUGUGUGUUUGCCUUAAAUUCACAAGAGGGGUCCCAUGAUCAAGGCUGUGUGUCGGAGCUGACAGCCAACGAGGUGGAACAUUUGCUGAGAAGCGCCACAAUGCAUCGCCAAGUAAAGCAGCAAAACGUCCACCUAAACCACAGCAGAAGCUUCUCCAACCACCAACAGCGGAGAGGGGAAGAAGAGAGGUUUGACCUGAGAGACCAGCAAGGAUAUUAUGGGAUCCAUCCCGUCAGGGUCAACAUGACGGAGAAAGACUGCAGGGGGAAGUGUCCGGAAAAAGCAGUGGCAGAUCAUAGCAGCAGUCAUGAGAGCCAUUACAGACGGCAUGAAGACAGAAACAACAAAAGCAACAUGAGGGAAGGUCAUCGCCAUGGAAGCCACAAGGGGAUGGGAGAUCACGAUGGUAACCAGAAGGACUCUCACCACAGUUCGCACAACGUGAGAAACGGUCACCGUCUUCAGGAAGAUCGGCCUGCUAGCCACCACAAAACCAGCAUCGUUAGAAGCAAUAGUGUGGUGAAUGGAGGCAGAGCCAGAGACUGCCCUCCUCCGAGGUCACAUGACCAGGAAGCAGUGUCUGCCUACCAACCACAGCUCUCCUACACUCCAGCCAAUCAUAUUCCUCUUAGUGAUUACAUCAGUGUAGACGAAGAAGAACUGUAUAGCUGCAGCCCCGCCUCCUAUCACAGACCCUCCACUGCCAUGUACACUGGCCCCGCCCCCUCUGACCGAGUGCCCUCCCCCCUCUACGGAGACGACACCCACUACACCAUCCUCAACGUCAUUGACACCACUGAGCCAAUCACAGCCGUCUUCAUGGGCUUCAAGAUGGCACAGGACGACAGCGGGCGGGGACACGAGUUCGAGAGCUCCCUGAGGGCAGAGCUGGUCAUCAUCGAGGACGAAGAUGAGGACACCUGCGUGGAGGAGAAGCAGCGCAGCAGUUCAACAGGAAGUUCAGCCACUGGAAGCGUGGGCCGUGCACAGGGAGUCGGAGACAGACGGAAAGAGAGGCGCGGGGGGCCAGGUAUCAGAAAGAUCCAGAAAAAACACAAACCCUGCUGCACUGUCUGCUAACAAGCUAACGGCUAACUGAUGCAUGCUGAGUGACAGGUGUGCUAACCUUAUCACUCACUGAAACGCAUGUAUCUUGUAGCUAAACUGAGCUUCUGCAGAACUCUGAAGACAAGGGGGGGGGGUUACAAAAAGUUCAUAAUGAUCGGCAGCUAUACGAACUGCACACA